CCCUUAGCUUACUUAUAAAAUUAAUGCCAUGAUGGAGGUAAAGAAGGCCACCAUUCUUGUUGCCUCCAUCAAAAGAAGGAAAAAGAAAACAAACGAAGAAGGGAGAAAAAUUAUGUCUUCGCCAAAUGAGAGCCGCACUCUCGCAAAGGCUUUCUCUGGAAUACUUGGAGUUGACGAGAAAUCAAUGCUGGAGAUCUUAGUAAAAUGGCAUCCAGAAGACUUAACAACUUUUAGGAAUGAAAAUUCUUCCAUCUUUCUUAAGGAUAAAUACUUCUUGUUUGAGAGAUGGCAAGAUUAUCAUAUUGCAUUUCUAGUAAAGGAAUUUCUGCGUUUUCAGGAUGUUGUGGUGCAAUGGACCAUGCAUCCUUGGGAAAGAGAUGCUCGCAUGGCAAGGAAGGCUUUGGAUGGACACCCUCAAACAUAUGGCUUACUCAUUGAACUUGCAUGCACUAGAUCAUCAGACGAGCUCUUAGGAGCUAGGAAAGCAUACCUGUCCCUCUACGGUGAAUCCAUCGAGGAAGACGUUGCUUCCCGAGUUGAAGGCAUCGAACGCCAGCUUUUGGUAGCACUUGUAAGUACGUACAGAUAUGAAGGAUCACGAAUUAAUGAUGUGGCAGUUAGAUCAGAGGCUAUAAAACUUGGUAUAACCAUUAAUAGACAUGGUGAUAAGAAGAAGCUAUUCAAAGAUGAAGAGAUUGUAAGGAUUCUAGCAACAAGAAGCAAGCCUCAUCUCAAGGCCGUCUUCAAAUGUUACAAGGAGACUUUUAACAAGAACAUUGAAGAGGAUCUUGACGAGCCAAGUUUGAAGGACAUAAUUUAUUGCUUGUAUGCUCCUCCGAUGUAUUUCAGUAAGAUUUUAGAUUCGGCAAUGAAAGCUAAUGCAAAUGAGAAUGAAAAAGAAGCCCUAAGUCGAGUUAUUGUAACCCGAGCCAAUGUUGAUAUGAAGGACAUUGCUGAGGAAUAUGAUAGGCAAUAUAAAACUCCUCUAACCCAGAAGAUUGAAGAUGUAGCUCUUGGAAAUUAUAAAGAUUUCUUGGUCACGUUGGUCCAAAGAUCUCUGCCUAAAGGAAGUGAUUAAAAAUGCCUCUCUUGAUGAACUUGUUCUUUUUCUUUGAAUCAGACUCUACUAAUGCUUUAUUUUCCUAU